AUGAGCGACUCGGAUAGCGACUUGUCUGAUACUCCUGUCAAAAAGAAGAACGUGAAGAAAGCGCCCGCAGAGAAGAAAUCGACACCUAAAAAAGCGGCGAAGGAAAAUGGUAAUAAAAUCUUAGGUUUUUCAUUUUUUGAACUGAAAUAUCCAGGCGACAUUUCAAUGGCGAUGACGGAAGAGGACAGAAAUGUAUUUACUAACAUUGAUAACGUCAAGAAGACCACUAAAAAAACAGCGAUCGAAGACAUUUACCAGAAGAAAACUCAGCUCGAACAUAUUUUGCUUCGUCCAGAUACUUACAUCGGAUCUGUCGAAUACACAGAAAAAGCGGUUCGUGCUUUUUUUUUAUCGUUGUUUCGAUAACAAUACGAUUUAAGCCAAUGUGGGUGUAUGAUACUGAAGAGGACAAGUUGGUUAUGCGUGACAUCCAAUACGUGCCGGGCCUAUAUAAGAUUUUUGAUGAAAUUCUCGUCAAUGCCGCUGAUAAUAAGCAACGAGAUUCGAAGAUGAACAUUAUUAAAAUCGACAUUGAUAGGUUAGUUUGGAAAAAACUUUCGAAUAAAAUUUUUUUCAGAGAGAAAAACAAAAUUACAAUUUUUAACAACGGCAAAGGUAUUCCCGUCGUUAUGCACAAAGUGGAGAAUAUGUAUGUUCCCGAAAUGAUUUUCGGAACGUUGCUCACUUCCUCCAAUUACGAUGAUAGCGAAAGAAAGGUUUGAAUUUCUACUCAUUGAUGUGUUUUAGAUUUUUGAGAUGAGGUUCUGAAAAACUCGAAAAAUUCCCUAAAACUAUUGAAGUUUUUUUCUUCCUAAUUUCCAAUUGAAAUAUUUUAUGUUUUAGAAAUGUGAGAACCUUUCUCGUGAGUUUCUUAGACAAUAGUUUUAGUGUAAGGAACACUAUAGAAAGUAUAAUGUUCUCAUUUGCAGUAAAAGGGUUCGAAUUGGAUCAGAUUAGUUUUUUUUUUUCCCAAUAAUCGAAUUUUUCAGGUUACUGGUGGUCGCAACGGAUACGGCGCUAAACUCUGCAACAUUUUCUCUACCGAAUUCACUUUGGAAACCUCUUCUCGAGAAUACGGCGCGGCUUUUAAGCAAACUUGGGUCAAGAACAUGAGCAAAAACAAAGACGCCUCGAUUGUGAAGUCGACAUCUGACGACUACACGAAAGUGUCCUUCGUGCCAGAUCUCGCCAAGUUCAAGAUGACCAAACUCGACGACGACAUCGUGCAUCUGAUGGCGCGACGAGCGUACGACAUCGCCGGCAGCACCAAAGGCGUCAAAGUGUUCCUCAACGGCAAACAGAUCCCUAUCCAAGGCUUCAAACAGUACGUCGAAAUGUACACUAAGGACGUCACCGACGGUACCGGCGAGCCUGUGAAGACUGCAUUCGAAAUAGUUCGUUUCGACCUUCUUCAACAGAAGUAGGGCGUCUGUAACAAACUUUUCAUUGCAGGUUAACGACCGUUGGGAAGUCGGAUUGGCCGUUUCCGAGAAGGGCUUCCAGCAAGUCUCCUUCGUCAACAGCAUCGCCACAACCAAGGUCAUCUUUCUCAUCGAAGUCUUCACUCCAGUAGUUUUUUUCAGGGAGGUCGACACGUUGACUACGUGGCUGAUCAGAUGGUUGCCAAGCUCAUCGACACCAUCAAGAAGAAGUCCCAAAAAAGUACCGUCAACGUGAAGCCGUUCCAGGUUCGUGAUAUCCUCUAUUCAGGUACAGAGAACUUUUUUGUAGGUCAAAAAUCACAUGUGGAUUUUUGUGAAUUGUCUCAUCGAAAACCCGACGUUCGACUCUCAAACUAAAGAGACUAUGACUCUUCAGUCAAAGUCUUUCGGUUCAAAGUGUGACCUCUCUGAAAAAUUCACGAAAUCGGUGAGCUGUUUUUAAUAGUUCGAUGAUUUGAAAAAUUAUUUUCAGGCGACAAAUUGCGGCGUCGUGGAAGCAGUUCUUUCCUGGGUGCGCUUUAAGCAAAUGGAGGAGAUGAACAAAAAGUGCAGCAGCAAGAAAACCACCAAGCUGAAGGUGAAUAGCUAUUCGUGAGCACUGUUGAACUCCCCAGUUGAUGUGGUUUCCAUUUCCUACUCCAUGUGUAUAUCACUCAAUCAUGCAUUGUUUACAGGGCAUUCCGAAGCUCGAAGAUGCCAACGACGCCGGAACGAAGAACUCGCAGGCGUGUACCCUCAUCCUCACUGAGGGAGAUUCGGCCAAAACCCUCGCCGUUUCCGGACUUUCUGUCGUCGGCCGAGAUCAUUAUGGCGUUUUCCCUCUUCGCGGUAAACUCAUCAACGUUCGCGACGGCAACAUCAAGCAGGUUUGACAUCUUCUUUCGAUUUUUCGAGACUCUUCACAAUUUUCAGAUCACGGAGAAUGCUGAAAUCAACGCAAUGAUUAAAAUUCUCGGUUUGCAAUACAAGAAAAAGUACGAGACAGACGAAGACUUCAAGUCGCUUCGCUACGGAAAAGUGAUGGUCAUGGCUGAUCAGGUUGGUCAUUUCUUCCGAUUUCCUCAAUUCUAAUAAAUGUGCAGGAUCAAGACGGCUCCCACAUCAAAGGCCUGGUCAUCAACUUCAUUCACCAUUAUUGGCCCUCUCUUAUCCAGAAGAAUUUCGUUGAAGAGUUCAUCACCCCUAUCGUCAAGGUACGAAACGUGAAGCUGAACCGCUUCUAUUUCAUAUCUAGGCAACAAAAGGAAAAGAGGAGCUUUCUUUCUUUUCUAUUCCUGAAUACAACGAGUGGAGGAUGAACACGGACAACUGGACCACGUUCAAGAUCAAAUACUACAAAGGAUUGGGUAAAAAAGUGUCUCAAUACUUGGUAUCAUCCCGGACGAUUGAAGGUACCUCGACUUCGAAGGAAGCCAAAGAAUACUUCAGCGACAUGAUUCGGCACAGAAUCAAGUUCAAGUACAACGGACAGACCGACGACCAGGCCGUCGAGAUGGCUUUUUCGAAGAAAAAGAUCGAGGAGCGCAAGGACUGGCUGACCAAGUGGAUGGCCGAGAAGAAGGACCGCAAGACGCGAGGAGUCGCCGAAGAUUACCUCUACAACAAGGACACGCGCCAAGUCACUUUCAGCGACUUUGUCAACAGGGUUCGUGCUCUAAACACUUCACAAGCUUUUAUUUCAGUGCAAAAAGAGUUGAUGGUCUUUAAAGUUGAUCUUAACUCUCUGAAAAAGGAUAUUAGAUAAUCCUGAUGGAUUUCAGUGACUUAUUUUUUGUCUUUUUACUGUUGUUCCGUUUUUUUUUUCAUUGCUUUGAAAAAAACUUGAGUCUGAACAUCAUUUGGAAAGAAAGACAUAAUUGCUCAAAUUUAAAAAAAGUUAACUCUGGAGUUUUCUGAUAAUAUUCAUCUUUUUCAGAUAUGAGUUGAUACUAAAAAAAUUUAAAAUGCUGUCAACAAUCGGUCUUAUCGUUUUCAAAUAGUUAUCAUACAGGAACUCGUGCUCUUCUCAAACAUGGACAACGAAAGAUCGAUUCCGUGUCUCGUGGACGGAUUCAAGCCAGGACAGCGAAAGGUGCUGUUCGCCUGCUUCAAACGCGCCGACAAACGCGAAGUCAAAGUCGCUCAACUCGCUGGAGCCGUCGCGGAACUGUCGGCCUACCACCACGGCGAGCAGUCGCUCAUGGGCACUAUCGUCAACUUGGCGCAGGUUCUUACAGCUUCAAAUUUUUUUUUCCAUUGUCAAGGCUCAAUCAUAGAUGGGCAUGUGAAGAAUUCAUACUGCCCGGGAGGAAGGGUUGGUUCCCGAAAGUUUUGGAAAAUUAGGGAAUUAAAUCUUUCAACCUUCGGGAGGUAGUUCUGGCCACAAUAUUACAAGUUGCAGCCAUGUAGUAUCAACUUCAAAUUAGAAUAAACUUGGGAGGAGGAUUCGGCGGCCUUUAAAACCGGUCGCCACAUGUAUGGGCUUAAUUAGGAAAAACAUCCAACAUUUUUCUACGAAUCAGCGAAUAUUAGGAUAUUAGGACACUUUUUCUUCUUAUCUCACAUUUUAAUUCAUAUUUUACACCGAAGCUGAGAGCAUUGACUAACUUAUCGAAAAGUCAGGUUGAGGUAGUGAUAGUAAGCAUUUUAUUGAAUUUAUUUUUUUUUGAAUAAUGAAAGAACUUUGAGGAAAUUUAGGUUUCUAGUCGAUAUGGUUUCUGUCCAAGAUUUUAAAUAUUACUUUUUAAUGGGUUUGCCUGCAGGACUUUGUGGGUUCAAACAACAUCAACUUGUUGUUGCCUAUCGGUCAGUUCGGUACACGUCUACAAGGCGGAAAAGACAGCGCCAGUGCUCGUUAUAUUUUCACUCAACUGAGGUUCGAAACGAUAACCAAGAAAAAAAGAGCUCAUUUCAUUUUUUAGCCCAGUGACACGCUCACUGUUCCCACCCAAUGACGAGCACGUGCUGCGGUUCCUUUUCGAAGAAAAUCAACGGAUUGAGCCGGAAUGGUACGCGCCCAUCAUUCCAAUGGUGCUUGUCAACGGAGCACAAGGUUGGGGAAACCACUGGCUCUCAGAUUAUUUUCGAGUACUUUAGGUAUCGGCACCGGCUGGUCGACCAAUAUCCCCAACUACAAUCCGCGGGACGUUGUUGAGAACAUUCGGAGGAUGAUCAAGGGAGACCCCCUCAAAGCGAUGGUUUGUUGCAGGAACAAAAACUUGGGUUCAUUAUAUCGUUUCCAGGUUCCCUGGUACAAGAACUACCGCGGCCAGAUCAUUCAAAUCGAUUCUGUUCGUUUCGCUACUUAUGGAGAGGUGUGAAUCUGUUUUUUGAUGUGAUAUAACUUUUAUUAUUUCAGGUCGCCGUUUUGAACGACACCUCCAUCGAAAUCACCGAACUGCCAGUGAAGACGUGGACUCAGGACUACAAGGAACGCAUCCUCGAGCCGAUGUUGGAGAGCUCAGACAAGAAGCCGAGUUUGAUCGCGUAAUUUCUGUCCAGAAACGAGUCUUUUUGACCUGAAGUUGUUCAGGGACUUCAAGGAGUACCACACCGACACGACAGUUCGGUUCGUCGUCAAGCUCCAGCCUGGAAAACUCCGAGAGAUGGAAUCAGAAGGUCUCCACAACGUCUUCAAGCUACAGUCUGUUAUCAACACCACAUCCAUGGUCUCAAUUUCUUCAUUGAACUGCUCUUAAAUCAGGUUUUUUUUUCAGGUGCUGUUCGAUCACGCCGGAUGCUUGAAGAAGUUCAGUCAUCCUGAGGAGAUUUGCUCCGAGUUCUUUGAAACAAGAAAGCUUAAGUAUAUCGAGAGGAAGCAGUUCUUGCUGGGCAUGUUGAAGGCUCAGAGCGCUCGGUUGAGCAACCAGGUAUUCCAAACAAAAAUGAAAAAGUGUAUGAAUUAUUUACUAAGGCGCGAUUCAUCAUGGCGAAGAUCGAAGGAAAGAUUGUGAUGGAAAAUAAAAAGAAGGUGGCCAUCGUUGAGCAACUCGUUAAACUUGGUAAUUAUAAUAUUUAUCGCGGCGAAAAGGUCGCAAAAUGAUUCCAGGAUUCGAUCCUGACCCAGUCAAAUCCUGGAAAGAAGAGCAGAAAAAGAAGGAGCUCGCAGAACGCGGAGACGUGGAUGUUGAAGAAGAGGAGGAACACGAGGUUAAAACUUCUUUUUGAAGUAUUCUGAAGAGAAUGUUUCCAGCAAGACGACGGAGAAGAAACGAAGAAGAAGGACAGCACAGAUCAGAAGUUGUCUGACUACGACUACUUGGUCGGCAUGGCACUCAUCAAACUGUCGGAGGAGGAGAAGAACAAGCUGUUGAGAGAGAGCGAGGAGAAGCUCAAGGAGGUUAAGGAACUGGAGACCAAGACCUGGCAGCAGCUAUGGACAACCGACCUUGACGCCUUCCUCGUCGAGCUCGAGAAACAGGUUUUUCACUCGAGUUUAGUUCAAAGGUCACUGCUGGCUUGACAGGAAGCCAAGGAAAAGGCUGACCAGGACUCGAGUGUCAAGAACGCUGCUAAAAAGUUUGCGAUGGGCAAAGACGCCGCAAAAGGAAAGAAGAAGGCGGCUUUCUCUGCGGUGAAAGAUCACAUAGUAAAGUCGUAAAAAGGGUUUUCAGGACGUCUACCCUUCCAAGGAUGGCUUGCGCGUCGAACCGACCGUUGACAAAGCCCUCAAGGACAAGUACGAGAAGUUGAGUGCGCCGAAGAAGGAACGGGUCAAGAAAGAACCAAAGGAACCCAAAGAACCCAAAGAACCAAAGAAGCCGAAGAAGGAGGGCGGCGACAUCAAGCAGUUCUUGAACAAGGUAUUUGAGAAUCGGAAAAAUAAAUUUUUGUAAAGUAAGGUGGAAAAUGAUAGGAAUGAAAGUUCUGUUUCAAGAAAGAAGUGAUUGAAGUCUUAGCCACCUUUUUGCGUCUGAAAUCGACGGAUUUUCUGUUUUGAUAGUUUUUCUUCAAGUUUGCAUAGUUGCUGCGCAUUUGAAACGUUUGAUAGGAAGGUAUGCUGAAAAGGAAAUUAAAUUUUAAAAAGUAUUGGAAAUUUUUCUUUGUUUCAGACCAAGUCACCAACUAAGAAAAAGGAUGCGUGGCAUUCGGACGAGAGCGACAUUGAGUUCGAUGAAGAGGAAAAUGUGAGAAACUUCUCCAGUCUCUUUCCACAUUCAAAGAAUAUCCCCAUUACGACUUUCCAACCUAUUUCAGACGAACUUCUCUGCUUUUGACGACGAGUUCGAUGAUGAAAUUGAAGAGAUUCCGAAACCUAAACCGCGCUCCGAACGCGCUGUGAGUAAUUUCCUUUCCCACUCAUUUUACAGUUUUUAUUUUCAGGCCCCGAAAAGAAAAAUUGUGGAAAGUGAUGACGAGAUCACAAUUGAAGACUCGAACGAUGAUUCCAAAGUAGAGUUUGAUUUUUCGAAAGAGAUACCAACGUUUUCAUUCAGGAUAGCGGAAAGAAGGAGAACAAAGCGGUUAGUGCUCCCAAGAAAGCGAAGAAAGACGACGGUGAGGACAUCAUCAUAGAUGAGGCUCCUAAAAAACCGCCCAAGGUUUUUCUUUUGUUUGUGAUCUUGAUAUUAGAAUGAUUCUUUUAAGAAGAAGUCGGUGUUCGACUUGCCGUCGAGUGACGAAGAUGAGGAGCCCGAAAAGGAGGUGAAGGCGAAGAAACCGGCAGCCAAAACUGCACCCAAGCCCAAGGCCAACGGCACUUCCAAGACGAUGAACGACUUCUUUACCAAGGAGGACAAAAAAGCAAGUUUUAUGGUAGUCAGAAUAUUUUUCAUGGCAUCUCGAUUUUAUUCUGGAAUAUCUUCUAUGAUUCAUUUUCACCUAUUUUUUUUCUUAGGCGAAGUCAGCAAAGCCCAAGGCGAGCCCAAAAAAGCAAAAGGUCGCCGAUUCGGGUGACGAAGAGGAUAUCAGCGAAGUCGUCGUGGAGCCGAGAAACAAAAGGUAUUUGUGGAAGUCUCUCAAAUGGAAAAUUUUAAUCAAUUGAUCGUCGGUGAUGAUGAAAUUAUUGGAAUGAGAAAGCUUUUCUUUUCAAUGUCUCUGGUUUAAAUUUCUUCCGAGACAUUCGUAGGCAACAGAACGUUGCGGGAGAGAAGCUAAAACAGACUUCGGUGCUUUAGUGGCGUCGCCCCAAAUUUUUGGACGGUGUUGAAAGGCGCACCGGCACAUUUCUCAAUGUUCUACGUGUGAUUACCAAAAAGGCGAAUCUGAGACGAGUUAUUUUCAUAAAUUGCAAAAUCCGAAGUGUUGGGAACUUUUUUAUCGAUUUGUUUUCCAGUACUCGCGCCAGGAAGCCGGCUACAUCCUACGCUUUGGACGACGACGAAGAUUCCGAAGAUGACGUCCCCAGAAAGAAAACUAAGAAGCGCGUCGUCGACAGCGACUCUGAUUAA